AGGGGAGUAUAGGCUGUGUUGUCAGCCUGGUGUCAGUCUGAUGAAGAUUGGCAUUCAGACUGUCUGGAGGGCAGUGCGCUGUCGGACCGGCUCCAACUUCAGAUGCUCCGAUGCUGAGAACAAGCAAACUGAUCUCCAUGUGAAGCUAUCCCAUGAUGCAACAUGUGUCCCCAGCACCAGCAUUGACCAUGAUGGCCACACAGAGCGUCCCUCCACCAUCGUACCAGGAGAGCCAACAGAUGACAGGCACUACGCAGCAAAACUCAAAGGUCCAGCAUGUCCACCUCUCUGCAGCCUCAGCGGCAGGGGCCACACAGGUCAGCGUGACCCUUGACCCCCAAGCCCAACUGGAGUCAGACAAACGAGCCGUUUACAGGCAUCCUCUUUUUCCUCUUCUGGCGUUGCUGUUUGAGAAGUGUGAACAAGCCACGCAGGGAUCAGAAUGCAUCACCUCUGCCAGCUUUGACGUCGACAUCGAGAACUUCGUCCACCAGCAAGAACAGGACCACAAGCCUUUCUUCAGCGAGGACCCUGAACUAGACAACCUGAUGGUGAAGGCGAUCCAGGUGUUGCGGAUUCACCUGCUGGAGCUGGAGAAGGUGAACGAGCUCUGUAAAGACUUCUGCAACCGUUACAUCACCUGCCUCAAGACCAAGAUGCACAGUGACAAUCUGCUACGGAACGACCUGGGCGGCCCGUAUUCACCAUCACAGACCAACCUCGGCCUGCAGCAGGACCUGCUUCAGAACUCAUCCCCAUCCCUCACCUCUGUCUCCAGCACAGUAAACCCCUCUGGGAUCGUGGUCCCUGCCGGUUCGCUGCAACAGAACAACGUUGCCAUGACCACUAUCAACUCUCAGGUGGUCUCAGGUGGGACGCUGUAUCAGCCGGUGGCAAUGGUUACCUCACAGGGGCAGGUGUUGACCCAGGGGUUACCACAGGGAACCAUCCAAAUCCAAAACAAUCAGGUGAACCUGGACUUGUCCUCACUCUUGGACGGCGAUGACAAGAAAUCAAAAAACAAAAGAGGCGUCCUUCCCAAACAUGCCACAAACAUUAUGCGUUCCUGGCUCUUCCAGCAUCUCAUGCAUCCUUAUCCUACAGAAGACGAGAAAAGACAGAUCGCAGCACAAACAAAUCUGACCUUAUUACAGGUGAACAACUGGUUUAUCAAUGCCCGCAGGCGUAUACUGCAGCCCAUGCUGGAUGCCAGUAAUCCUGACCCUGCUCCCAAAGCCAAGAAGAUGAAAUCUCAGCACAGACCCACACAGCGCUUCUGGCCCGACUCCAUUGUAGCUGGAGUCCUGCAGACACACGGAUCCCACUCCACAAACAAUUCAGACAAUUCUCUUGGCAUGGACGGCCUGCAGUCUCUGUCCUCAGACACCGCCACACUGGCGAUGCAGCAAGCCAUGCUGGGAGGAAAUGAGGAUUCCAUGGACGGCACAGAGGAGGAGGACGACGAAGAGGAGGAAGAGGAGGGAAUCGACGAGGAGGAAGACGAAGAAGAAGAUGAAGAAAUCGAGGGAGGCAGACAGAUGGCUCGGAGAGAUCUGGGCCUCAACCACAACGAAGGACUUGAAUAAAGGAUCAGAUAGACGAAAAUGUCAAAAUUGACUUAACUCCUACUCAUCCCCAUGGCAACACAUCUCAACACCUGAAGGUUUCCAGUGGACACUAAGUGCUGUGGAACAUCCAGUCAGAAUGAAGAGGAGGGGCCUGUUAUGGACUCGAUGAAUGAAUAAAAUUCAUGUUAAAGUGAGAAUUCGAAGGAGGACAGAAGAACAUUGUACUGUAUAUUGGGCCGUUAGCCAAGCUCUCAUGCAUAUAAUCCAUUUAAGCCUUACUUUGUUUAAUAUGUCUCUUUGGUUCUCAGGUGUCUUAGCAUGACAUAAUGUCUACCCUCUUACAGUCAUAUUGAUAACCAUGCAAUGAGUGGAUGUUUUAGGCAUGUUUCUUUCUUUCUUUUUUAUUUGUAUUUUUGUAGUUAAUGAAAUAUUC